CUGGUUUGACCGGACGACUCGUUUCAUGACAGCGUAGCUAAAACCAAUACUUUUCAGUAAUGUUUCGGGACUCUUUUGUAGGAGAAUAUAAAAUAUUAGGGAAGUUCUAGUGCUCCUCUUGAUUCAUGCAUGCAGGACCUCUGGAGAUUACCCAAAAGGGUUUUGCUAUUAUGUGCAAGACGAGCAAGCUAACGAGCUAGCCACGGUGACUGUAUUUUGGGUGUACUGAUGUUGCUCCAUUCAGCUGCUUCAUGCACAGGCGUCGGUGAUGUUGUCGACCGUUGGACAAAUGCCCCGGUUCUCCGAAUUGGGACAGAGCCGCAAAACUUCAGUGUAAACCAUGAAAAACUGCGAGUAUCAACAAAUCGACCCUCGGGCACUUCCGACGCCGACCCCGACCCCGACCCCUCAUCUCGGACACGACAGUGACAAGACAGAGGAGCCGAAGAGAAGACCGAGGAGAAAGUGGCAGGUUUUCCCGGGAAAGAAUCGUUUCUACUGCGAUGGACGGAUCAUAGUGGCCCGUCAGAGUGGGGUCCUGCCCCUCACCCUGGGCCUUAUUCUCAUCACAAGUGGAUUAUUCUUUAUAUUCGACUGUCCCUUCCUGGUCAAACACCUGACCAGCUGCAUACCUGUUAUUGGAGGAGGCCUCUUUGUGUUUGUGGUCAUCACUUUGCUCCAGACCAGCCUCACCGACCCGGGCAUCCUGCCCAGAGCGACACCAGAUGAGGCGGCAGACAUCGAAAAACAGAUCGACAACACUGGCAACACCAGCUAUCGGCCUCCACCGCGCACCAAGGAAAUCAUCAUCAACCAGCAGGUGGUGAAGCUCAAGUACUGCUUCACCUGCAAGAUGUUCCGGCCUCCGCGCACCUCCCACUGUAGCCUGUGUGACAACUGUGUGGAGCGAUUCGACCACCAUUGCCCCUGGGUGGGGAACUGUGUGGGAAAACGCAACUACCGUUUCUUCUACACCUUCAUCGUGUCGCUCUCCUUCCUGACGGCGUUCAUAUUCGGCUGCGUGACCACACAUCUAGCACUGAGGGCUCAAGGUGGAAAAGGUCUGGUGUUUGCUCUGCAAGAGAGUCCAGGCAGUGCAGUGGAACUGGUGAUAUGUUUCUUCUCAGUCUGGUCCAUCUUGGGCCUCUCGGGCUUCCAUACAUACCUGGUUGCUUCCAACCUGACCACGAAUGAAGAUAUUAAAGGCUCCUGGUCAGGGAAGAGUGGAGAAGAUGUCACCAACCCAUACAGUCAUAAAAACAUCUUCAUCAACUGCUGCUCUGUGCUCUGUGGACCCAUGCCACCCAGCUUGAUCGACAGACGAGGUUUCCUGCCCGCGGAUGAAUCUGUCCAGACAGCGGGUGUGGACAUUGAGCUGCCCACUCUGGCCACUAAAAACGUGUGCACACAGGGAACUAAAGGUCUGCUGGAGUCGGCCACGAUCCCUCCGCUCCUGUCCACCUCGUGUCCUCAGGGGAAACCUCCCUCAGCUCAUACCUGCCCAGACAGCGGCCCGGCGGUGAACUCUGACCCUUCACCGGAGCUCCCCACGAGCUGUGGGGCCCGCCACACUGCUAGCUCCCAAGGCGAUAACUCUCCACCACGCCACGCCAAGACUCGGCCAAAGAAAAGCAAACGAGAGGCUUUGCAUAUUCCCAACCCUUCUUUUGAAGUCCCCGUUUCCCCUACGUGUCCGGACACAGGCCCAAGCUCCAAACGCAGGGGCCACGAAGGUGCCAGCUUCGCCUCUUUGCACUGACUGAAACAACGGCUGUCUCCAGUGAAAGCACACAUUGUUUGAAGCUUGCAUGCUGUAACACAGUCAGAUACAAGUGGUAUGAGUUUGUGUAUAUGUAUUAUGUGUUGGUUCGCUGAAGGCUCUGGGUCUUGUCAUUGUGUAUGAGGAUGACAAUCACUAAGAUAUGUAUUUGUGCGUUCAGUUUGUCGUGGAAGUAGGAACACUAGAGCAGAUUGGAUGUAUUCUGACUGUAAAGGAUCAACUUAGCAUUUGGUGUAGAAUGAAAAUGUGUAAUUUUAAGAUGGUGUAACUGGUGUACUGUUAGAGCCAUAUGCCUUUCUGAUGAUUCUCAUGAAUUUUACCAGCAUGUCAGAUCCAUCAAAUAUUGUGAAAUAGUGGCUUUGAUGUAUCAGGUGGACAAAAGCUUUGUUUGGUCUUAAAGGGAAAAUCCAUUCCAAAUGUUGAAUUGACAUAAUUAUGUCAUUUCUAUAACUUUGUGCAGCUCAGUUUAUAGUGUGAACUUGAACAGUAGAGAGACAGUCUGUGCUGAUGAUGUCAUCUUGAGACAUAUAGGCAGUGAAUAAUUGAACAGGUCAUGAGACUCUUGACAGCAACCAUAGAGCGUUUUUCAAGGCUAUGAGGACAUUUAUGCCACUCAUACUGGAAAGACCUGCCUUCAAAUCAAACUGUUUUGGAUGCACAGAUGGGUGAUACAUUAAUGCUCAUACAGAUCAGUUUUGCCCUGGGUCCCUUUAGCAGGUUAACCCGGCCCUGAGUGGAGAGCACUCUUUAACACUUUGCUCCAAAAUCUCCAAUAGGUGAUCAGUUGGGUUGAGAUCCAAUGACUGGAGGGACGAUUCAAUUCACAUUCAAGUCUCUGCUUUUGUUUCUCCCGGCAUUUAUCCAAAUGUUUCUUUGUUGCCCAUCUGUAAUAUCUCAAACAAAGAUGAAUGAGUUCAUUGCAGCCCAGUCACCAGGAACAAACAUCUGCAUUGUAUUUCAAACUGAUACAGGACUUUCUCCCAGCAGACUGCUGUUGGUAUCCCAUGUGUUAACUUCACCAUUGUUACGUAAUGUCACGAAAGAAAGGCAGUGGCUACAUUACGUUGAUAUGUUACUAUUUUAACACAAAACAUGAUCUUUUUUUCGAAUCUUAACCAAGUAUAUAGUAAUAUGAAACAUAUUUUUGAAAUGUAUUUGUGGUUCAGAAUAUCGACCUUCAACAUGUAACUAAAAACAGACAAUGGCAACAUUUCAUUCUGGAGACUGGGAUGUCCAUUGAGUUCAGUACAUUUUACAUCCCCAAAUAUGGUGAUGUGAUGUCAUUAUCACAGCUUUCUUGGUUUAAAAGCCGUUUUAAAACUGCACCUUGAAUUCUGAUUUUGUGUGGAUUUUCCCUUUAACUUUGCACAUGCAGCAGCACAGUGUGUAUUAGUUGUAUCGGUUUGUACUGCUGUUCAGAUUGUUGUACUGCUGUAUCAAUGGCAGUGAAUGCAACUGCAUGAUAAUGACUAAAGAUGUAUUUUCCAUUUCGUUUAUUUACAUCCAUUCAAACACCUCAGAGAGAUCCUCUACCACUUUUUAGUAGGACAACUGUGAUUUGGACUCCUGAACAUAGUUGUGUACGUGAACUGAAGCCGUACUGUUCAUUGCCUGUGUGCUGCACCACCUCCUGCUUGUGCAUCAAUAUCACUCAACGAUUUAAAGCUUCCACGUCCUGCUCACACUUUGUAUCUGCAACGGCAAUACCCAUUUCUCCUCAGUAGAAUUAUUUGCUUCGACUGUUCUCAGAAUGUGAACAGUGAUUUGUUCUCGGGUGGAAAUGUGUUGGGGGUAGGUAUUCAAUAUGCAAGUUCUACACGUGACAUACAUCAUGUUGAUCCUCAUUGCAACCUGAUUGCAAUAGCUGCACAUAAAUGCAAUGAUCCGAGCAAUCAUCCCCAUGCACUAAAACGUAGGCACGCAUACACACACAUUAAUAGUGUUAACACUGAGCAGCAUCACGUGUGCAGUAUCCUCUCUGUCCAAAGUCAUCCAAACACAUUCAUGAUGUCACACAUACAAGUAAUGCAUUUCUGAGGAGAAAAACAUCGUCUUGUAUUUGUGAAAAUUGUUAGGUCUUUUAAGACAAUACUGCCGUCAAAGUGAAGGAAAAGGAAAAUAAAGUUCAGUGAAAUAAAGAGGCUCAGUUUGUGUGUGUGUGUGUGUGGGGUAAGCACAUCCAAAAAACGUCAACAGGUGCUGAUUCAAAAAGAUCAAACCGAGGCAAGAAUCAAACAAAACAUCUGCACGCUGUAUUAAAAGGCUCCCAGCAACUCU